GUCCACCUGUCCAUCUCUGUUCCUAACAUCAAGGACUUUCCGAAUACUUUCGCCAGCUUAACUCUUCUUACCUCUUCCUUCUAAGAUCCCAGAAGAAUCUGAAGCAUUUUUUAACCUUCCCAAGGAAGGUGAAGCUUUACAGACAAUCUCCAGGGUUUUUUAAAUUUAUGUUUUUAUUAUUUUUUGCCACCUGUAGCUCAUCUGGAGACCUUCUAGAAGCUGACAGGACUCUAUUGUAGGUGGUUCUUCAACUUCUCUACUGCAACUUUCAGCCUGACUGAAGCUGACCUUCCAGCUUGGUUUGUGACCCCAGGCUGCCCACAUUCCCUGCUAAACCUGCCUUAGGUUUCCCUCAGCCUUCCAGGCACAAGACAGCCAGACCUAAGGGGGAAAGAUGACAUUCUAAAUGUUUUAUGACUUAAUAAACUACAAGAACUGAAACGGACAGUGUUAUCAGACAUGGUUACUGUUUAACAGGAUUUUUAGAGCCUGGGCACAAAGAGCUGCCUCUGAGUGACUUUCUAGAAGACACGAUGAUGCUACAGUCCACUUUGGCCCUCUGCAUCUUGCUGAUCACGGUUUCUUCCAACCUUGCCAUUGCUAUCAAAAAAGAAAAGAGACAUCCUCAGACACUCUCAAGAGGGUGGGGAGAUGACAUCACUUGGGUACAAACUUAUGAAGAAGGACUCUUUCAUGCUCACAAAAGUAACAAGCCAUUGAUGGUUAUUCACCACCUGGAAGACUGUCAAUACUGUCAAGCACUAAAAAAGGAAUUUGCCAAAAAUGAAGAAAUACAAGAAAUGGCCCAGAAUGGCUUUGUCAUGCUGAACCUCAUGCAUGAGACCACGGAUAAGAACUUGUCGCCGGAUGGGCAGUAUGUGCCGAGGAUCAUGUUUGUGGACCCUUCUUUGACUGUCAGGGCUGAUAUAACUGGAAGAUACUCUAACAGACUGUACACAUAUGAACCCCAGGACUUACCCUUGUUGGUGGACAACAUGAAGAAGGCACUAAGGCUUAUCCAGUCAGAGUUGUAAGGAAGGAUGGGAAGACGAUUCAACUCUAAGAACUCAAACGUGUGACAAAAAGCUCUGGCUCACUAGCAAACACCAAAUGUCCAAGCACAUGGAUUUUGUAACAUUACUAUUCAGAUUUGUGAUAUGUCUGUGAUAGUUUAUGAAGGUAAAAUUAUAUUUUAAUAAAUGCUAACAUGCGCUAUGA